AGGAGCAUCCCUCCGGCAGGCCCGUGGUGCCCCCGUUUUGCAUCAGGACCCCCCCCCCCCCUUGGAUGCUCUGAGCCACUCUCCUCAACCCGGAUCUAAAACCCGGGACACAGCUAUCUGGCCAGCCUCUCUCUCCACCCCACCCCCUCUUUCUGGCGUCCAUCCCCUCCCCAACACCACCUCUGCUGCUGCUUCUGGCUGUGGACCUGCACCUCUUCCCCAUCCCCGCCAGGCCUGUGGAGCGGGGUGAGCCUGGACGAGAGCCCCCCAACCUGGGGCUCUCCCAGGCCAUGGCCAGAGUACUCCCAGAGAGGAGCCCCGGCCCCUGAGCAUCUGCUAGAAGCUUGGCAGAGGCCCCGCGGGGACCGUGUCUUCUGAGGACAAAAGGCGGCGGCCAGCAGGCAGACGAGGUGGGGGGAGGGGGGAACCGGCAGCCAGGCGGGCAGACGGGUAGCAGGGGCCAGCACUGGUCCCCCUCCCAGCUUGGAGGUGGCAUGAAGAUGGGGGUGGGAACGUGUAGUGGGGGAAGCACCUGCCUGGACCUUCACCUGCCAGCUGGCUGGGCACCCCAAGGCUGUGUGCUGCCCACUUGGUGUUCCCUAAUGCCCCCAGCCCUGCCCAGUGCACUCCUUCGGUGCCUGCUUCCCCUGAUGUCUGCGUUUUAGACCAGCCCGGCCGCUGUAUCCACGGCAACAGAAGCAGGAGUGUCACUGGCCGCCACAUCACUGAGGACACAUCUGAGGGUCCCACAAUGUGGCCUGGGCUGUGAUUUAUCCUGGGUGAGACAGCUUGAGCCCCCUCCCUGGAUUCCAAGACAGCCCUGCUGAGAGAGCCCAGGCUAAGGAGUGUGUGUGUGUAUGUUUGUGCACAUUUACACACACUCAGUUGUCAGCUAGUCCACAGUUCUGUGGGAGCUAUCAGGCUUUGAGCAGCUGAGAGGGGGUCCACCAAAUCCAUUUCUCCCAAGCCCCUGCCCUGGCACCUUCUCAUGGCCUAUUGGCACCAUGUCUGAGACUUUGGGGUGUCAUCAAAAAAGCUUGGCCCAAGGUGGCUGUGGCAGGCCAGGUUGGAGUGAGCUGGGAAACAGUACAGAGGGGUGACUUUUUUCCCGGGAGGGGAGGGUAGAGAGGUUCCAUUCAGCCCCGUAGCCCCCAACCUCCAGCCCAUCCCAGCCCCAACAGUAGUUCUGAGCUUCCUCAGCUUCUUCCCAGGUUGCCUUGCUACCUUCCCUCUGGCACCUGCCAUAUUACCUUAUAACACUCCCUCUCCCCCUGCCUCCAGCUCGCACACACCAGGAGUCCCCCUGUUCCCCCCUGCCCCCCACCCCCGCGCAAGCUUUGCCCGUGCCCUCCCACCCCUGUAUUGACCAAAGUGCUCUUUCAGCUUAUCCUACCUGGGUGCCUUCAGGCAGCCGUCCUUGAGCCACCAGCCCAUUUAGUCCCUCAGCCAAUUAACUGAUUUGAAAGCCUUUAACUGAGGGUCUACCAUGUGCUAUGUACUGCUCUUAUGGAGAAGAGCAUGUGAAUCUCUAAUCCCUGCCCUUGUGGAGCUUUUCUUCUAACAGGGAGAGGUGGAUAAUAAACUGAAUUUUGAAAGUAAGUUAUAUAGUGCGCUAGAAGAGAUAAAUUCUAGAAAGAAAAAUAAAGCAGGGCAAGGGGCAUGGAGUGCUAUCAUUUCUCACCUGAAUUACUGCAGGAGCCUCCUGUGUACUCUCCCCAGCUCCACCUUUGCCCCACAUGGUGUGUGCUCCUCCCAGCAGCACAGGGGAUGCUGUGCAAUCCUGAGUCAUCACAUCUUGCUUUUGUUCCCAUGGCUCCCAUAUCACUCAGAGUAAAAGUCAAGGUCCUCACAAUGGCCUACGUGAUCUGGCCUCACCACUUUUCUGACUUCACCUCCUACUACUUUCUGAUCGUUCACUCUGUUCCAAGGACAGUGGCCUCCUUACUCUUCCCCAAAUAUACCACAUGUAAUCCCACCUCAGGGCCUUUGCACUGGCUGUUCCCUCUGCCUGGACUUCUCUUCCAUCCAAUACCCACAUGGCUCACUCUCUUACCUCUUUUAAGUCUUUGCUUAGAUGACACCUCCGUGAAGCCUUUGCUCUCCAUUUCAUCCAAAAGCAUACCUCCCCCACCCCUAGCACUUCCUAUCCCCUUUCCCUCCUUUACUUUUCUUUUAAGGAACUUACCAUCAUCUGACCUACUAUACUUCACUUAUGUAUCUUCUUUAUUAUCUAGAAUAUCAGCUUCAUAAGGGCAGGGACGCUUGUCCAUCUGACUCACAGCUGUACUCCCAGUGCCUGUCAUAUAAUAGAUGCUCAAUAAAUCGUUUUUCAAUGAAUGAAAGCACAAAAUCAUACCCACAUCUUUAGAUUCACAAUACUCCCCACCUGACUUAAAAUAAAAACCUAAGUCCUUGUCAUGGCCCACAGCCCUAUACAAUCUGGCCCCAAACACCUCAGACACCUCUGUGAUCUCACUUUCUACCACUGUCUCCCUUGCCUGCCCUGUUCCAACCACACUGGUCUUCCCACUCUUCCUUGAUCAUGCUAACCACAUUCCUGAUCAUGAAUAUAUAAAAAAAGCCUAUUUAAUGAGUGGCUACCAACAUCCACAAAAAGUCAUGAAAUAGAGAACUAAUGGGGUAUGUGAUCCUAACGGUAGGAUCAGUACCGUUUUCUGAAACUUUUGGUUCAGCUCUGUGUGCACACAUGUGUGUGUACCGGGUUGUGAUAUAAAAUAUAUGUCUUACUAUGGGUAGAGGUCAAAAAUAGUUUGAGGAACAUAACCUUAGGGCCUUGCAAAGGGGGAGGAGAGCUGCACCAACACCCCCGCCCCACAGAACCACCAAUGGAGGAAACAGGUAACCGAGGACAAGCCAGAGAGGUGAAGCACCCCCCGCCCAGCAAGGAAGGGGUAGGAGCAGCAGUGGGCCAGGGGCAGGACCUGACACCAGCCAGGGAGUAAGUGUGGAGGCCAUGUAGACCCACUAACACUGCCCUUUCUGUUUCUUCCUCACCUCUCCUUUCCACCUGUUUCUCACUGUCUCUUUUUCUUGUGUUUCUCUCUCCCUCCCUCUCUCUCUCUCUCUCCAUUUCUAUCUCUAUCUCUCCUUUCCCUCUUUCCCUGUCUCUCUGGUUCUGUUUCUUCUUAUGUCUUCUCACUCUCACCCUCCCAUUGCUGUCUCAAUUUGCAUCUAUUUAUGUCUUUGUCACCAUUUUCUCUUUGUUCUAUCCUUUCUCGCUCUGUCUCUGUGCCUCUGUGUUUUUCUCUCUGUCUCUCUCCUGCCCUCAUCUCUCUAUCUCUGUCUGUCUGUCUCUUCCCCAUUAUCCCUAUUUGCAGGUGCAGCCCAGCAGGACAACUGAUGGAGUCCCCCAGGGCCCAUCAAAUACCGGACUGGCUGAUCCUGUAAGGCUGGGAACAGCCCCUGCCCCUUCAGUAUGGCCAACACUACUGGAGAGCCCCAAGAGGUGAGCGGCGCACUAUCCCCACCAUCAGCAUCAGCUUAUGUGAAGCUGGUGCUGUUGGGACUGAUCAUGUGCGUAAGCCUGGCGGGCAAUGCCAUCUUGUCCCUGCUGGUGCUCAAGGAGCGUGCCCUGCACAAGGCUCCUUAUUACUUUCUGCUGGACCUGUGCCUGGCUGACGGCAUACGCUCUGCCGUCUGCUUCCCCUUUGUGCUGGCUUCUGUGCGCCACGGCUCCUCAUGGACCUUCAGUGCUCUCAGCUGCAAGAUUGUGGCCUUUAUGGCUGUGCUCUUUUGCUUCCAUGCGGCCUUCAUGCUGUUCUGCAUCAGCGUCACCCGCUACAUGGCCAUCGCCCACCACCGCUUCUACGCCAAGCGCAUGACACUCUGGACAUGCGCAGCUGUCAUCUGCAUGGCCUGGACCCUGUCUGUGGCCAUGGCCUUCCCACCUGUCUUUGAUGUGGGCACCUACAAGUUUAUCCGUGAGGAGGACCAGUGCAUCUUUGAGCAUCGCUACUUCAAGGCCAAUGACACGCUGGGCUUCAUGCUUAUGUUGGCUGUGCUCAUGGCAGCCACACAUGCUGUCUAUGGCAAGCUGCUCCUCUUCGAGUAUCGUCACCGCAAGAUGAAGCCAGUGCAGAUGGUGCCAGCCAUUAGCCAGAACUGGACAUUCCACGGUCCUGGGGCCACCGGCCAGGCUGCUGCCAACUGGAUCGCUGGGUUUGGCCGUGGGCCCAUGCCACCAACCCUGCUGGGUAUCAGGCAGAAUGGGCACACAGCCAGCCGGCGGCUGCUGGGCAUGGACGAGGUCAAGGGUGAAAAGCAGCUGGGCCGUAUGUUCUACGCGAUCACAUUGCUCUUCUUGCUCCUCUGGUCACCCUACAUCGUGGCCUGCUACUGGCGAGUGUUUGUGAAAGCCUGUGCCGUGCCCCACCGUUACCUGGCCACCGCUGUUUGGAUGAGCUUCGCCCAGGCUGCCGUCAACCCGAUAGUCUGCUUCUUGCUCAACAAGGACCUCAAGAAGUGCCUGAGGACUCACGCCCCCUGCUGGAGCACAGGAGGUGCCCCGGCUCCCAGAGAACCGUACUGUGUCAUGUGAAGCAGGCGGGUAGGCAGACAGGCAGGGAGGUCAUGGCUACCUUGCUGGAGCCAACAAUAAGGGAAGGGUGGGCCUCCUACAGGAGCCUUUCUUUCUGAGCUCCAGCCCCAGCCCCUGGAACCACCCGGAAUCUAGGCACCUUUGCCAACACCUCCCCAGGGUUGGAGACCGGGGUGGGGGACUGGGAAAGAGGUGUUUCUAAUUCUGUGGGGCCUGUCUCUGCUGCCUCAUUCUCCACUUCUACAAUCUCUGUCAUUUCCUCUCUCUCUCUCUCUCUCUCUCUCUCUCUCUCUCUCUCUCCUCUCUCUUUUCCUCUCUCUCUCAGAAGUGACAAUUCAGAAAAAGAAAGUAAGACUGAAAAUGCAGGUUUUUCUACUAACAGCUGAGGAGAUAGGCUUUCUUGCUUUAAUGUCUCUCCUUCUGACAUUGUCCAGAAGGGGGAAAUUUGUCCUGUAAAAUAGACUUCCAGAGCUCUUAUUGCCCCCUCUGCUCCCAUGCACCCUCUCCUUCCAAGUCCUUUAGCAAGACCUGGAUUUUAGGGAGAAAUUCAUCCGCUGACAACAGGGAUCAAAGGGGGUUCUGGGUCCCCAGGGAGUGGGGAUGUUUAAUGGCUGCGUUGUGUGCAAUUGUUGUUUUAAGCUAACCCUGGUCCCAAGCCUGGUUUCCUCUCCCUCCCCACCAUGUCCAGACCUCCUGAGUGUUUCUUGAGCAUCUGUUCAAGAAGCCAGGAGGGGAGGGAGAAGGACCCUUGGAAUGGGCUCAGGCUAGGUGAAGAAUGGGAUGUGAGCUGCACGCCUCGAGUUGAAGAGAUCUGAGCUUGGCUGCAUUCUUUCGAGCUGCCUCCUGGAUCCCCAGCCCCCAACUCUUCUUCCUGAGGAUGGAAAUCCACUCCAGCUCCACUAGGGCUGAUGUGGGUGCCCUGGGCAGGAGCAUUCCCCCAGGGAAGUGUAGGGAGAAAGCCAAGCUCCCCAGAGUAACUGGAAACGAGCACCUGGGGUCAGAGCCGAACUCAACCCCAGAAUUGUCUCCUGGGUUCAUAUAUCCUGAAGAUGAAAAGUUGGGGGUGGCCUUGGUAUAAUGCAUAAUGGUAUAAGCUCCAAGGCAUUGUGGACUUGAGUCCAUUCCUAUCUGACCUCUUUUUGUCCCCUUGAAGCCUCAGGGGCCUUGCCCCUCUUGGUAGCCCUUGGCCUUCUGGGCCCUCAGCUCCCAGAUUCCUUCCCCUGAACAGCCCUUCUCCCCUUUUUUCCUUCCACCCAAAGUGGAGCAGACUACAGCCAGAUUCUUCAGGUGGGAGAGCCCACGCCUCCCUCCCAGGGCAGAGUCCACCCUGGACUCACAUCAUGGCCAGUUCUUAUGGAACUGGUGAGCCAAGCUGGCAUUCCUUUGCCUGGUCUUGCCCAGAUUCUUUGUCCCCCUCUCAUUUCCUGGGGGAGGGAGAGAUCUGUAUUUAUCCACACCCUUUUCCCUUUCUGAUAGAAGCCCUUGUCCUAAGCUCCCUCCCUACCCCCAAGACAGUCCCAGCACUGGGGAAGCCUUGAUCCAAGAGGAAUGGGGAGGGCACUCUAGGCAGGAGAGACAUUAAUGAGCCUGGCUGUGGAGCAGCUCUGGAAAGGCAGGCCAGAGUGGCUGAGUGGGUGUGGGGGUGGGUACCUGUUCUCUCAGUGAUAGUGAUGGGGGUGCCUUUCCCAGGGAGUGGGGUGGGGGGACCACAGGGGUGGGAGUAGAUAGGGUAUAUUCUGGAAGGUUUUCCUCCAUUUCUUUUUUCUAACUGCCUGGAUUCACCAUUGGAUUUUGUAAAUGGAAAACUGAAAAGAGCAAUGCUAUAUUGGAUGUUUUCUCUUUCUGACUCUGUGUGUGUGUGUGUGUGUGUGUGUGUGUGUGUGUGUGUCCUGUCUGCAUGACCACAUGUGGGGAGGUAUGGUCAAGUGAGACUGUGUGUGACUCUGUGUGGGGAGGCAGCACUGCCUGGUGCACACAUGUGAGCAAAUGCCUGUAUGUGGAGACAUAUGGCACAAACACACACACAUACACAUAUGCACCUAACUGAAAGGAGACAAACUAGAGUAUGUCCUUGCAGCAGGAGGUUGAGUGGUCAGAGAAUAGAAUUUGAAAACUGUACAUAUGUAUGCAGCAAGAGGGUAGACUCCCAUUUCAUAAAUCUUCCUCCUUUGGCCCAGGCUGUGAACAUGGAGCAGGGGCAGGAUACUUGAGAACUCCAUCUCUUCCCAAAGCCUGGAACCCCCAGGUACCAUUCCAACUCCAUGGUCAGUCUCCUCUCAAAAACACAAAUGAAGUGUUCCUGAAAGUGGACUGCAAUGGAAAAUAGGGACUGGGAAUUGGGGAUUAAACUUGAGGGUGAACUAAUGGGGUUAGAAAAUGCUCCCUACAAAGUAAUGGCUUCUGGAGGGACUGCUCAGUCUGGGAUGGGAGCCCUUCUGAAGAGUCCACUGUAUACAGCUGGGACUUUGGUAACCUUUGACUAAAUUCAGAGGAGGGAUGUUAGGGGUGAAUAAAGAAAGCCAAGCCUGGGAGUCUACCCAGCUAGCCUGCUACCUGGGCACUCAAAUACUUUAUUUACUUAUUCUCUCAGGUGCACAGAAUUGAGUUGACCAUACUCCUCAGUUCUUGGCACACUAUAUCAUUGUUGGUCCAUGUGAGUCCCUUUUAUUCUUUUGUUUUGUUUCAUCCCUUUCAUCACUCAUCCCUGAUCCAUUUCCCCCUCCCACAUAGACACCCACUCUUGUGUAUUUAAUGUAUGUCCUUCCAAUUCACCGUUCAUGUAUUUGUUUACAUAUAUGUGUAUCUGUGAAAAAUAUAUGGUAUUGUUAUGUGUUUUAAUUUACAUAAACAGUAUUGUACUUUAAA